AUGGCCGCACUGCAUUCUUCUGGUUCGACAACUGGCUACAACUGGGGAGAGCCAGUGCCUGAUACCAAUGGAGGUAGCGAUAUUGUCCUUUGGAAGCACUCUGAUGAUUCAUACAAACCAUAUUUCUCUUCGACACGUACUUGGGACCAGAUCAGAGAGAGAAAAGCUGCGGUUUUCUGGUGUAAAGGGGUUUGGUUUGCUCAAGAAGUACCGAGAUUUUCCUUCAUUGUUUGGCUGGCAGCUAGGAACAGAUUGUCAACGGGGGACCGUAUGAGAGCGUGGGGUAUUCAACAGGCUUGUGUUCUUUGUGGAGAGCCUGACGAGACUCGCGACCAUAUCCUCUUUGCUUGCCCGUAUUCAUUUACUGUCUGGGAUAGUUUGGUAAACAGACUGAGUGGCAACAUGACAGAUCCUGACUGGUUGACCACUCUGCAAUUUGUGACUGCAAACAACCUGCAGAUUCUUGACAAGAUUCUACUCAAAAUGGCGUUUCAGACUUCCAUUUAUCACAUCUGGAAAGAACGGAAUGAGCGAAGACAUCAAACUGGCUUCCGUACGGCGAGUCAAGUCAUGCGCAUUGUCGACAAAGCAGUGCGCAAUAGGAUAACGCCUCUUCGGUAUACGGCAGGCCACAAGUAUGUUGGACUGAUGCAGCGGUGGUUUGAAGUUACAGCCACUUCAUAG